ACCUGCAUUGACAGCGACGACGCCUAUUGGUGGAUAUUCCGCGGGGGUGCAUGAGUUACAGCCAAUGACACGCCCUCGUAUUCGUUGCAUGGCAACGCAUUUGCUUGUGAGUGUUUUCGUUCAAGGUUGAGCUGUGCAGAAGGCGCCUGCAUCAAUGUAACGACGGGCCACCGAAAGACGGUUUAUUACGCAAACUUAUCUGGAAAAUGUGUCAAAAUGUGCCGAAUGGAGAGAAAUGAAGCUGACAAACCUCACGAGUGCUCUUGAAUGCCAAAAGAUACGCAAACAUAUAGGCUUUAUUGACUAGAAUGUCUCCUUCAAGAUUAUACUCGGCAUCGGUCAUGUCUCCCCUGCCUUUAAGCUCUUUCAAUGUCUCAAGCAACUUCUGCACGGAAGAGAAUAUCUCAGAGUGCAUUCUAUACAUCAAUCAGGAGUUGUCGUCCCUGUGCUUUCCACCAAUUUUCCGAAACUCGGACGACAUCCGUGAUCUUGAUGCUGUGGUGGCUCUAAACAACAUACAUGACUUGCUUCAGCUGCACCGUCGAGCUGUUGGAAUGAUGGAGGAGCUGGAGGUGGAGCAGCUCAAGUCCAGCAGUGACCUGCAUUACCAACAUCUCACCAACUCCAGGCUAAAGGACCAGCUUGAACUCUCGAAAAAGGAAAACAUGCGCUUGCACGAGCGAGAGCGUCAGCUGGAAACAAAUGUAAAGACUUUGCAAAACUGCCUAAAAGAUGCAAAAGAAGAGGUACAAAGGCUGCAGGGUAUAAUUGCAAGUCGUGCCACACAAUACAACCAUGAUAUUAAGAGAAGAGAAAGGGAGCACAACAGAGUAAAGGAGCGCCUCAAUCAACUACUCAUUGCCAAAAAAGAAAAUAAACAAGGAAUGGAAGUUUUGAAUUAUGUUGGAAGGUCAGAUGGGAGGAGAUGUCUUUGGAAAACUGGAAAAACUGAAUCCAGACAUGAGGGAGAGAUGUACAAAACUCUACUCAGUGAAUUCGAUAACCGUCAGAGGGAGCUAAUGGUGGAAAACAUAGAACUGAAGAAGGUGCUUCAACAAAUGAAACGAGAGAUGGUGGGGGUUUUAAAUUCAAAGAAAACAUGCCAAAGGGAAGAAAAACAAAGCAAUAACACAGAUCAGUCGACUCUGCAGACAAAUUCAGAUGACGACGAACCCAUAAAAGGACCUCCUGAGAUGUCAUGUGAUCAUGCACGGGAGAAACUCACCAACAGCAUUCGUCAGCAGUGGAGGAAACUCAAACACCAUGUUGAAAGAUUGGACAGCCAAGCAUCCAUGGUGCAAGAUGGAGACACUGAAGAGAUGAUCUCCAAACAACUCCAUGAAGAGGAGAUAGAGAGGCUCAAGCUAGAAAUCCAGCAGUGCAAAGAGUUCAUUCAGACUCAACAACAACUUUUGCAACAACAGCUUAACACACCAUGUGAUGAGGAGACCGCAGCUGUUCUGAAUGACUCCUACAUGCUGGAAGAGAAGGAACGCUUGAAAGAAGAGUGGAGAGUGUUUGAAGAACAGAGGAAAAAUUUUGAAAUGGAAAGGAGAAAUUUCACAGAGGCUGCCAUUAGAUUGGGUCAUGAGAGGAAGUGUUUUGAGGACGAUCGUGCAAUGUGGCUCAAACAUCAGUUUCUGAACACAACAUUUGCAGAUCAAAUGAAACCACAAAGUCGCAGAACUGAUGAACUUUCAAAGCACUCUGGUCAUGAAGAGAAACUCAUUUCAAUUUCUGGUAAAGUCAGCAAAUCUCAUCUUUAGUUUGACCACACCCAUGGAACUGCGUGCAGAUGAACCUACAUUUUCUUCCAACACAAGAAGAAAGACAACUAGAGCCAAUCCAGAUGAGUUUGAAUGUGAAUGAAGUCUGCGAGUAUCUUUAAGAAGAACGUUCAACAUAUGGACAUGUAUAUUAAACAGAAUCAUGUUAAUUUGUGGUAAGAUUAUAAGAGAUUAAACGCUGCUGAAUCUGACAAGCCUCCGAAUUUUUGUUUUGAAAUAUAAGCAAUGUUUUAAAUAUGGCCGUAAUGAUGUUUUGAAACAUUUAGCAUUUUCAUUUAGAAAUUCCAUAUAGAUAUUUAUUCAGAUUGCAUUUUGCUAGACGAAAUCAACUAAAGUAUGUCUAAAUUUCACGUUAUUGUUGCGUAAGUUCUAGCUUUUUAUGGGUUACGUCUAGGUAGUUAAAAUGACAUCAUAUUCAACAGUAUUGUUAUGCUUUUUUAAUUUAUUUUUUGUGCCUUUUUACUUGUUACUGAAUAUAAAGUAUAGUUACUUCAAUCAAAGUUGUAAAGAAUAAUGCAUUUUUGACUGAUCUAGGUAAAAUUGUUUAUGUUCAUUGUAUUUGUACAUUUGCCUUUUAAAUAUAUUUUACUUGUUUUCUUUUAGAUAUUUUGUAUGUAAUCAUGUUUACAUCAGCUGAAAAAUCACAAAGAUUUGAUUUAUUGUUGCAUGUGGAUAAAGUGCUUUAUCAUACUAACAUAUGCUAAGGACUGAUUCUAAAGUUAAUGUAUUUUAGAUAUAAAACAGCUCCAUUUAUAUAAAAUGGAAUAAACACAGCUUUCUGAU